AUGGGUGGUCUGAAUGGAUCAUUCGAUAACCUCCCACAAGGUAGUGAUAGCCUCGACUACGAUGUGCUCAUUAUCGGGGAAGGCCUGGUGGGAAUCUACACCUUAAUGCCCAUGAGUAAGCUGGGACUUCGCGCCAGAGUCAUCGAACGAGGGUCGGGAGUGGGAGGUGUCUGUCAAAGUGAACCCACGGUAUACAUUAGCACCACUAUCAGCGCUCCUCCACCAACGAUGGAUGACAACUAG